AUGUCAGACACAGCAGUGGACACCAGCUCUGAAAUCACCACCAAGGACUUAGAGGAGAAGAAGGAAGGUGUGGACAAGGCAGAGAAUGGAAGAGACGCCCCUGCUAAUGGGAACGGUAAUGAGGAAAAUGGGGAGCAGGAGGCUGACAAUGAGGUAGAUGAAGAGGAGGAAGAAGGCGGGGAGGAAGAGGAGGAGGAAGGCGAGGAGGAAGAGGAGGACGAAGGUGAUGGUGAAGAAGAGGAUGAAGGUGAGGAAGCUGAGGCCACCACGGCUGAAGAUGAUGAGGAUGAUGAUGUUGAUACCAAGAAGCAGAAAACCAAGGAGGAUGACUAG